UUCCUACGGAAGCGGAGCGCUGGGGAAAAGUCUAGUGGGGAUGAGCAAGGUUACUACCUAGCAAUAUCCUACGGAUACACAUGGAGCCUCCAUCACCUCUGCAAGUUUGCGUUUAUCACCAAGUCUAAACUCGUUCAUCAGAGUCUCCAGCAAAUAGUGAACCUAUAUAUUUCCUUCUUUCGGAUCGGUUUAUGUUUCUUUCUAUGCAUUAUAUUUCCUGAAAGGCAUGAACGUGGAUUUGGACAUUUGAUUAGGUGCAGCCGGAUUCCUUUUUUUUCGUGGAACAGUCUCCUUUCUGCGCUCCGCACAUAGAGCAUCACCAUGGACGUUUUGGCGAAUCACGGUAUUUUUCAGGAACUCCAGCUCGUGCAUGACACCGGCUACUUCUCUGCGAUGCCUUCGCUGGAGGAGAACUGGCAGCAGACAUGCCUGGAGUUGGAGCGUUAUCUACAGACGGAGCCCAAGAGGCUGUCGGACCUCUUUGACGAGGAGCUUGACUGCCUGCUCACCCCGGCCUACCUGAAGGAGGACAGUGAAGAAGAACUACUAGACCCCCUCCUCCCCAGCCUCCCGGACCCCCCCAGCCCUCCUCUACCGCCCCUGCUCUGCCCCUCUCGGAAGCACCUCUCUGGGGCCUUGAAGUCUGCCAAACUUCGAGACGGGAUGGGGUUAGGGUCUAGAGGGGGAGGGGUACACCCAACCCAGUUGAGCGCCGUCACCUCCCUGACGCCGCCCUCGUCCCCGGAGCUGGGACGCCACCUGGUCAAGCCCGACCCCCACCAGACUCUGACGGCAUCCGCGGACGGCACGCUCACUCUCAAACUGGUGGCGAGGAAGGUGGGGCUGAGCGCCGCCAUGCUGGCAGCGACAAAAGCGCAACCGCUGCCCAUAAGGCGUGACACCACAGGCGGGCACAGCGACGGCGAGCAGGGGGGCACGUGUGUGAUGGGCGUGGGGGGUAUCUCUGAGAACAAGAAGAGGGUCCACCGCUGCCAGUUUAACGGCUGUAGGAAGGUCUACACCAAGAGCUCCCAUCUCAAGGCCCACCAGAGGACACACACAGGUGAGAAGCCCUACAAGUGCUCAUGGGAGGGCUGUGAGUGGCGGUUCGCCCGGAGCGAUGAGCUGACGAGACACUACCGCAAACACACGGGUGCAAAGCCUUUUAAGUGUGACCACUGUGACAGGUGUUUCUCACGGUCGGACCAUUUGGCGCUACACAUGAAAAGGCAUAUCUGAGGAGGUGGAGGGAGAAGAGGAGGAGAGCGAGAAGAGGAGAGGUGAAGAUGGAGUUCAUUUCGGAGCGCACAGAUCCUGAACAUCAAAGUACCAAGCCUAUGUACUCUUCAACAUGCUUGAAAUGACACAUUGGUCUAUGAAAGUACUUGGCCAACCCCCCUACAGAACUACGGAGGGCAACUACCAGACAAAAGACAGAGUCAAAAGCAUACAGACAGAGACUUUGUCGGGCCCUCACAUUUCUAACAGAAUUCUGCUCAUGUCUACAGUUCAUUUCAAUAGGCCGAGAUGCUUCUACUCAAGGUGGGAUGUGGGAAAUGUAUUUUAUGUGGAGGGAGGAUUCUUCUUCUUACGGUUAAAGGUGUUUUGUAGGGUGAGUGAGUCAUUGUGAUUGUACUGUUGUCUGUCUGCAUGGCAUUAGCACCCAGAAAGGUCAGUGGGAUUGUUGUGCAGUCAUAUCGGUGGUACUGGUAAGCACAAGCCAGGCAGUGGGAUUCACUUUCAUUCCUCUUCUCUUCAUUAUUAUCAUCACCGUCAUCUUUCCUCACCCUGAACUAUGUAAGAAUUGGAAGGUGCAGAAACGCACACAUCACUUGGCGAGAAGACAGACAAACAUUAGCUCACUGUUGACAUUUUUUUGCUAGCCCCUUGCCAAUUGCCAUAUAGACAUCUGCUCCGUUAGCUGUUAGCAUCAACCAGCGCUAGCCCUUCAGAGCUGCCACUGAAUUGGCUGACAUUGGCCAAUGGGAGGGCACGUCGACAGCAGGGUCAUCGAGGUAAUGGGGAGUGAAUUCUGCUCCCUUAGCAGUGCUGGUCAGCGCCAGUCAGCCCUCUAACGGGACUCAAUGGAGUGAGACUUCCCAACUCCUCUCCUCUCCACUCCUCUCCUCCUUUCUCCAUGGAGUGAGACUUCCCAACUACUCUAGUUUGCCAGAAAGUAUCAGCCUCCUGUCCUGCUACUCGCAAACUCCAGGGUCAUGUUCAGUAGGGGGGAAAUUAAUGUGUGAAACAAGCUACCGCAUGGACGUUUUAAAACCUUUUGCUACAGUGGUCCUGGAUGAACACAACCCAGACCUCCAGGCCCAUCUAGAUUAACUGUGCACAAACACACGCAGGGAGGUUGAAUGCAUUGCACACGACAUCUCAAUGAUUUGUAUAAACUACUAGGAAGACACCAAAAGAGGAACCUGGUAAUAAUGUUCUGUGUAUAUCAAACCUUUACCACACUCUCCCUUGAGGCCUACUGUCUAAUAUCCAUGUGUCUGAUUGGUUCCAAUAAACCAGCAUGAAAGACCAAAAAAUGCACAGACAACGGUGGUUGAUCAGAAUCAAAACCCGUUUUAUUAUAGGAAACACAGAAAGAAACAAGCAACAGGUUUUAGAGUAGUUGGGACUGUGAUUGUUUCCUCUAUUGGCAGCUCGCUGUGUUCAGACCUUUCAGUAUUCUAGGGUGAAACCGUCAAGACAACAACUUAACUAAAUGGGCUCAUGUAAGUUUUCUCUGUAAAUGCUAGCUACCAGUUGAUUACUGAGAUGUUGAUUGUGAUAUAAUCUUUAUCUUUAUUUUUAUCGUACAACAAGAUUCACUGUUGGCUUUUCCAAAGCAGAGUCAAAAUGAAGCUUCAUUCUGGCCUGCCGAGUGGCGCUGCAAGAGUUGUUACUACAGACCCGGGUUCGUUCCCAGGCUGUGCCACAUCUGGCUGUGCCCGGGAGUCUCAUAGGACAGUGCACAAUUGGCUCAGCAUCGCCCGGUUUAGGGGAGGGUUUGGUUUAGGGGAGGGUUUGGCCGGGGGAGCUUUACUUGGCUCAUCGUGCUCUGACGGUCCAGAUGCCUGCAGGCUGACCCUGGUCACCAGUUGAAUGGUGUUUCCUCCGACACAUUGUUGCGGAUGUUAAGGAGCGCGGUUAGGCGGGUCAUGUUUCGGAGGACACAAGACUCCACCUUUGCCUCCCGAGCCUGUUGGGAAGAUGCAGCGAUGAGAUGAUAUCAAAAUUGUAGAGAAAAAAUAAUGAAAAAUAAAUUUGAAAAAUAAUGAAUCACCUCACAUUCAGUCGGUAUAAUUCAGCACUACAAUUUAUGACAUUUAAAAGUGACAGAAAGACAGGCAUUUGGAUUGUCUUACAGUUGUGGGUAGAAAUACACUGCAUCUUGAUGUACUGUAUGACAGGUGUUUGCUGUGCACUCGGUCCUCAUCUUCAAGCCCCCUCCCAUGUCAGCUGUCUGACCACCACAUGAACUUUGGAUGUCACGUCCCAAAUUCGUCUCCCUGAAACAUCAUUAUGCACACACCAGUGUUGAUGUAUUUCCUGUUUCCAGUUUCCUGUCAGAGACUCAUCAUGUUUCCUGUUUGUGAUCAGACACAUCAGUAAGUUAGUAAAAACAUUCAAAGAACCACAGAAACAGAGAACAUUUCACAUUUACUUUGUGUCUGCAGUCGACACGUCAUUUUUACUUGUCUUUGUGCAUCAGAACUUGGUUAUACAACAAUGGCUUUCACUGCUUAGUGUGGGAGUAAAUCACUGCUUAGUGUGGGAGUAAAUCACUGCUUAGUGUGGGAGUAAAUCACUGCUUUGUGUGGGAGUAAAUCACUGCUUUGUGUGGGAGUAAAUCACUGCUUUGUGUGGGAGUAAAUCACUGCUUUGUGUGGGAGUAAAUCACUGCUUUGUGUGGGAGUAAAUGACUGCUUUGUGUGGGAGUAAAUCACUGCUUUGUGUGGGAGUAAAUCACUGCUUUGUGUGGGAGUAAAUCAUUGCUUUGUGUGGGAGUAAAUCACUGCUUUGUGUGGGAGUAAAUCACUGCUUUGUGUGGGAGUAAAUCACUGCUUUGUGUGGGAGUAAAUCACUGCUUUGUGUGGGAGUAAAUCACUGCUUUGUGUGGGAGUAAAUGAAAAUGUAUUGUACACCAUCCUUAGUGAAACAGCACCUUUUUCUACCAGCGCCCCCUCCCAUAUUCCCAACUGUACUCCCUUUCUCACUCCUUUUCUUUGCUGUACAAAGUGUUUGCAAAAUUAUUAUUUGUAUGAUGUUAGUAUGACAAUGUUCUUUAUUAUGGAAAAAGGAAAGAUUUAUUUUUGUUACUGGUUUGUUUCAUAAUUCUUUUUUAAAUUGGUAUUGUAAUAUCUCUAUGCAAGAACUGUUGAGUGAAUCAUUUGUAUUUAAGAAUGUAAUAUGUGUAAUAAAUAGUAGAAUCACA